GUGUGCAAGAAAUUUCCUCUGGAAUCAAACUCGUAUCAUUCAAAAAACCCCCCUCGCAGCUCAGAACUCACUCUACAACAACCACCAUUCCGUUCUCUCGGAAAUCCUAACCCUUUGCUUUCGAUCAUCAUCCUCCUAUCAUGGCCGAAGACCAUCACGGUGUUCCCUUUUCUCCUCCGUCGUCGUCCUCCUCGUCAUCACCGGCUCCGCUUGGCUCGUCGGUGAUAUCUCUGGUGAACAGGCUGCAGGAUAUUUUCUCGCGCGUUGGGAUACAGAACACCAUCGAGCUGCCGCAGGUGGCGGUGGUAGGGAGCCAAAGCAGCGGUAAGUCGAGCGUUCUAGAGGCGUUGGUCGGACGCGACUUCCUUCCCCGCGGCAACGACAUCUGCACCCGGCGGCCCCUCGUUCUUCAGCUUGUCCAGACCAAACGCCAUCCCGACGGCACCGAAGAGGAGUUUGGAGAGUUUCUCCACCUUCCUGGCAGGAGGUUCCAUGAUUUCUCACAGAUUCGCAGGGAGAUUCAGGCUGAAACCGAUAAAGAAGCAGGAGAUAAUAAAGGAGUCUCAGAUAAGCAGAUUCGUCUAAAGAUUUUUUCUCCAAAUGUUCUGGAUAUCACACUUGUUGAUCUUCCAGGCAUAACAAAGGUUCCUGUUGGUGACCAGCCAUCUGAUAUCGAAGCCCGAAUCAGAACAAUGAUCAUGUCAUAUAUCAAAGUUCCCUCCUGUCUCAUUCUAGCUGUCACACCAGCUAAUUCGGAUUUGGCUAAUUCAGAUGCUCUUCAGAUGGCAGGAAUUGCUGAUCCGGAUGGAAAUAGAACGAUUGGUGUAAUCACAAAGUUAGAUAUCAUGGACAGGGGUACUGAUGCCCGGAAUCUGUUACUAGGAAAAGUUGUUCCUCUUCGACUUGGUUAUGUGGGUGUUGUAAAUCGUUGUCAGGAGGAUAUUCUCUUGAAUCGAAGUAUAAAGGAUGCUCUUGUUGCUGAAGAGAAGUUUUUCCGCAGUCGUCCUGUAUACAGUGGUCUAGCAGACAGCUGUGGAAUUCCUCAAUUGGCAAAGAAAUUGAACCAGAUUCUUGCACAGCAUAUAAAGACUGUUUUACCAGGUCUGAGAGCUCGUAUAAGCACUUCGUUGGUUGCACUUGCCAAAGAGCAUGCAAGCUAUGGAGAUCUCACAGAGUCCAAGGCUGGUCAGGGUGCUCUUCUCCUGAACAUCCUUUCAAAAUAUUGUGAUGCAUUUUCCUCCAUGGUGGACGGGAAGAACGAAGAGAUGUCCACUUCCGAGCUAUCUGGUGGGGCAAGGAUUCACUAUAUUUUCCAAUCCAUCUUUGUGAAUAGUUUAGAGGAGGUGGAUCCAUGUGAAGAUCUGUCUGAUGAUGAUAUUCGUACUGCCAUACACAAUGCAACUGGACCUAGAUCGGCAUUGUUUGUUCCAGAAGUCCCAUUUGAAGUCCUCAUAAAAAGGCAAAUAUCUCGUCUAUUGGAUCCGGGCAUUCAGUGUGCCAGGUUUAUAUAUGAUGAAUUAAUGAAGAUCAGCCACCGCUGUAUGGUCACUGAACUGCAGCGGUUUCCUUUCCUGAGAAAGCGCAUUGAUGAAGUUAUUGGGAACUUCUUAAGAGAAGGACUUGCUCCCUCAGAGACAAUGAUUGCACAUCUGAUAGAAAUGGAGAUGGAUUACAUAAACACUUCCCACCCAAAUUUUAUUGGUGGAAGUAAGGCAUUAGAACUUGCAGCGCAACAGACGAAGAAUUCUAGAGUUUCUCUGUCAGUUGCUCAAGUGAAGGAUGCUCUGGACUCUGAUAAGGGACCAGCAUCCGAAAGAAAUGGGAAGUCACGAGGUAUGCUUCCUCUUCCACGACAACCUAAUGGAGUUGUGAUUGAUCCGGGCAACCGUGUUCAUUCAGAUGUUGAAAAAGUGAUACCUUCCGGAAACGCUAGUGGUGGUGGAUUGGGUUGGAGGCUCCCAUUCGUGUUUGGUGAUGGUGACAAUCGUCCAGUUGUGAAGGAGAAUACAGCUAGUAAACAACAUAUUGAACCAGUUCAUGGUAUGGAGCUAUCAUUCUCCAUCAUUCAAUUGAGAGAGCCCCCUCCUGUCUUGAGGCCAUCUGAGAGCAGUUCGGAGACAGAAGCUAUGGAAAUCACAGUAACAAAGUUGCUUUUGACAUCAUACUAUGACAUUGUCAGGAAAAAUGUCGAGGAUCUUGUUCCUAAAGCAAUUAUGCACUUCUUGGUAAAUAAUACCAAGAGAGAGCUACACAAUGUGUUCAUUCAAAAGCUGUACAGAGAGGAUCUGUUUGAAGAGAUGUUGCAAGAACCUGAGGAGAUUGCCAAGAAAAGAAAACGAUGCCAAGAGCUUCUCCGUGCCUUUCAACAGGCUUUUAGGGACUUGGACGAACUACCACUUGAAGCCGAAACAGUAGAAAGAGGAUACAGUUUGGCUGAAUCAGCUGGCAUGCCUAAAAUUCAUGGACUGCCAACUUCAUCAAUGUAUAGUUCGGGGGAUUACUAUUCAGCUUCUCCCAAUAACCAGAAGUUUAAGAAAUCUUCACAUUCUGGGGAACUUAGAUCAAGUUUAGAUUCAAAUGGAAGUUGGGGAGCAUAUAUGUAAGUUUUUCCCUCCCGCAUGUGUGACGUAUGAAGCUAGCUGAAGCCCUUGUAGGUAGUAGUAUCUCAAAGGAAUUUGACUUGAGCCAUUUUUAUUUUUUCAUUUGUUUAAGCUGUGGCAAUUUUUUGGGUUUUGGAACCCUUGACUGCCGAAGCUAGACUUACAUUCAAUUACCGUUUCUGAAUAAAAUGGUUAUUGAAUGUUGGUCACUGCUCAUUUUUACACUAGAGUUUUCCUUUUUUCCAAUGUUCUAGGCUCCUGCAAAGAAUAAGGGGAGCGUAUAUGACCUUGCACAGUUUCCACUAUCGUUUUCAUUAAACAUCCAUGAUAAUCUUUUUGUUAAA